GAAAAUUAUACAAAUUAAAUACCAAGUUAUGGGAGAGGCACUAACAGCUGGGGGAUUAAGAAAGGCUUCAUGUAAAGAUAGCACUUAGGCUGAAUUUUUAAGGAAACUAGGGAUUCUAAGAAAAAAAGAUAAGCCAAAAAAAAUGCCGUUUAGAGGAUAGACAAUGCAAAGGCAUAGAGAUAGAAAAUGUGUCAGGGGUGAAAAACAGUAAGAAGGCCAGUUUGGUCAGAUCAUAGUGUGUUCAAAAGGUGGCAGUAUAAAACAAGGCCAGAAAGGUCAUUGUGAAGGUCUUUAAAUGCCAAAUAAAGAAGUUUAUAUUUGAUCAUAGAAGUAAUAAACAGCCAUGGGAACUUACCAAAUUAAGGGACUGAUAUAGUCAGACUUGUUCGGAUGGAUUAGAGUGAGGAGAAAUGUGACGCAGGGAGAUGAAUUAGUAUACCCACUAUAACAGGCAAUGAGCACUUCAACUAGGGUGGUAGCUUUGUGAGCAGGGAAAAAGAGGUGAUUGUGUGAAAUAGCAUGAUUGGAUAUAUGGGAUGAAGUCAAGGAUGACACAGAUUGCAAGUGUGAGAUGAGUGUGCCUCCAGAGUGAUGGGGAAAUUUGGAAGAAAUCUGGGUUUGGUUGAGAGAUGAGUUCUAUUUAGGAUAUGGGGAAUGCCUAUGCAACAUCACAUUCAAAAUGACCGGUAGAUUUUUGGUAAUGCAAGACUAGAACUCAGGAGAGCCACUAAAACUAGAUAGAUAAAGGAGAUAUUGCCAUUAAAAUGAUGAUGAAAACCUUGGCGAUUAAUGCAGUUAUCAAGUUAAAGAGAAGAAGGUCCAAAACUAAGCCAUGGGGUUCACCCACAAUGAGGGAACUGUUAUAUUGAUGUUCCAAGAAAGAAGACAGAGAAGGAGCUGUCAGGUAAGAGGAGAAUCAAGAGAGACCAAUGUUAUGAAAACCCAGAGAAAGGAAAAUAUCCUGAAAGAGAGUGGCCAAGAAUGUCAUGCUGCAGAGAGUUGAAAAGGAUUAGGACUGCCAUCACUUUUGGCAAUCAAGACAUCACUGUUUUUGGAGGGAGAGUUGUGAGAAAGGUAGGGAGAUAAUGUUAAAGAAAAAACUAAUGGACACAUUUUAAACUUGAAAGAAGGAAGUUUCGAAAGACACAGACAAGCAAGUCAGUAUUGUUAACACUUUUUUUAAAAAAAAAGAAUCACAGAUUUUAUUUAAGUUCAAGUUUAAUAGAUGAGAUAAUAAAAAGUUUUUCUUAACUCAUUGAUUUUUUAGUAUAUCUGUCCCAGCUCCAUCAUCCAUUGAGCCUUCCCUUAUAAAACUUUUGAAAAGUUUAGUAAAGCUGGUGAAUGAUCCAAUCUAAUCAAUAUGUAUUAAACACCUGCUGUGUGUCAGAUGCUGUGCUAAUUGUUUGGGAUACUGUUUAAAAAAAAAAAAUGACAGCCCCAAGGAGCUUACUGUUGAAAGGGAGACACACAAAAUGGGCAAGAAGAGGGCAUAGUGAAAUUAUGCUCAGUGGAGUGAGCUGAGAUCAGUUUCUGCUCUUUGUAAAGGAAAUUGUUGGGAGAAAUUUGAUACUCAGCCUUCCAAUCAGAGAGAAGAGAAGGUGGUAUCAAUCAAAGCUUGAGUUAGCAGUAGGGUGGUGAGUUUAUAUGUGAUAAGUUUGAAGUUGAAAUCAGGUACGGCAGCAGAUGCAAAAUGGAGUGAACUAUUAUUUGAUCAUCUCUGACAAUCUCUCUGAGAUUGAGCCUAAUGUUUUCCUUCGACCAUUCCUAGAAGUUAUUCGCUCUGAAGACACUACAGGUCCCAUCACUGGACUAGCACUUACCUCUGUCAACAAGUUUCUGUCAUACUCACUCAUAGAUCCUACUCAUGAGGGCACAGCAGAAGGAAUGGAGAAUAUGGCCGAUGCCGUCACUCAUGCCCGCUUUGUGGGCACAGACCCUGCCAGUGAUGAAGUUGUCCUGAUGAAAAUCCUUCAGGUUCUCCGGACUCUGCUGCUAACCCCCGUGGGUGCCCAUCUGACCAACGAGUCAGUGUGUGAGAUUAUGCAGUCUUGCUUCAGGAUCUGCUUUGAGAUGAGGCUCAGUGAGUUAUUGAGAAAAUCCGCAGAGCACACUCUCGUCGACAUGGUGCAGCUGCUCUUCACAAGGUUACCUCAAUUUAAAGAAGAACCGAAGAACUAUGUAGGGACAAAUAUGAAGAAGAUUUCUCCAUGUCUCCUCAACAAACUGGAACUAAGUAGUGGGGAACAGCCCAAAGCCCUGAACCAGUUAGAGAGGGUACUGCUCUUUAAGAACCUCAAGCUAAAAAUGAGAGCAGGAGGCAUGAGUGAUUCAUCCAAGUGGAAAAAGCAGAAGAGGUCUCCACGACCCCCACGGCAUGUCACCAAAGUCACAGAGUCACCCACUUCCAAUGGAGCCACACUGUCCUCCAACUUUACAGGUGCUGUGCCCUUCAUUGAUGCCUCCAUGCCUAGCUCCUCCACAAGUUCUGAAGCCACCUCCACAGCUGUUAGCCUCUCAACAGACAGUGGUCUUGACCUCUCCUCCCAGACCACAUCCAAGGAAGACCUCACUGAUCUGGAGCAGGCUGGCUCCCUGGGAUCCAACACAGCCAUAGUGCCUAUAAACAGUGAACUGGGCUCCCCUGAACAGUCAGACCCUCAGCCUGAAAUGUCCCAAGUGGGAAAGGUCCAAUCAGCAUCGGUGGAAUCCAUCCCUGAGGUGUUAGAAGAAUGUACUUCUCUAGCUGACCAUUCAGAUUCAGCCUCUGUCCAUGACAUGGAUUACGUCAACCCUCGUGGUGUUCGCUUCACACAGUCUUCCCAGAAAGAAGGUACAGCAUUGGUUCCCUAUGGCCUUCCCUGUAUCCGUGAGCUCUUCCGCUUCCUUAUCUCUCUUACCAAUCCUCAUGACAGACACAACUCAGAGGUCAUGAUCCACAUGGGAUUGCAGCUACUGACUGUGGCCCUUGAGUCUGCCCCUGUGGCCCAAUGCCAGACCUUGUUGGGCCUCAUCAAAGAUGAGAUGUGCCGUCACCUAUUCCAGCUGCUAAGUGUGGAGCGACUAAGCUUAUAUGCAGCCUCCCUCAGGGUGUGCUUCCUGCUCUUUGAGAGCAUGCGAGAACAUCUCAAAUUCCAAAUGGAGAUGUACAUCAAAAAACUCAUGGAGAUAAUCACUGUGGAGAAUCCUAAGAUGCCUUAUGAAAUGAAGGAGAUGGCACUAGAGGCUAUUGUCCAGCUCUGGAGAAUCCCCAGCUUUGUUACUGAGCUCUACAUAAACUAUGACUGUGACUACUACUGCUCCAACCUCUUUGAAGACCUCACAAAGCUGCUGUCCAAGAAUGCCUUCCCUGUUUCUGGGCAGCUUUAUACAACACAUCUGCUCUCUCUUGAUGCAUUGUUGACAGUAAUUGACAGUACUGAGGCCCAUUGUCAGGCCAAAGUCUUGAACAGUCUCAUCCAACAAGAGAAGAAAGAGGCAACUAAACCCAGUCCUGAGAUGGUGGAUGGCACUAAAGAAGUCACCUGCAGCAGUGAUCAAGCAGCCAUUGAUGGAAAACACCCAGGGACAAACCCAGAUCACCUGGGGUUGCAUCCACCUGGGGGAGGGCAGCUGCUGGCUGAGCAGGGAAAAUUGGGCUGCAGUGACCUGGAGGAAGGUGGUGAUGCAGGUGCUGACAAAAAAUCUCCCCGGAAGCCUCCUCGAUUUUCCUGUCUCCUUCCAAAUCCUCAGGAACUGAUUGAGAUUAAGAGCAAAAAAAAGCUACUGAUCACAGGCACAGAACAGUUCAACCAGAAACCAAAGAAAGGGAUUCAGUUCCUACAGGAGAAAGGACUUCUGACUAUCCCCAUGGACAACAACGAAGUUGCCCAGUGGCUCCGAGAGAACCCCCGUCUGGACAAAAAGAUGAUUGGGGAGUUUGUGAGUGACCGAAAGAAUCUUGACCUGCUGGAGAGCUUUGUGGGCACCUUCAGUUUCCAAGGCCUACGACUAGAUGAAGCUUUACGCCUCUAUCUAGAGGCCUUUCGCUUGCCAGGGGAAGCUCCAGUGAUUCAGAGACUACUGGAGGCCUUUACAGAGCAUUGGAUGAAAUGUAAUGGCUCCCCAUUUGCAAAUAGUGAUGCCUGCUUUGCCCUGGCCUAUGCUGUUAUCAUGCUCAACACUGACCAGCACAACCACAAUGUCCGCAAACAGAAUGUACCCAUGACCCUGGAGGAGUUCCGAAAAAACCUGAAGGGCGUGAAUGGAGGAAAAGAUUUCGAGCAAGACAUCCUAGAGGACAUGUACCAUGCUAUCAAGAAUGACGAGAUUGUGAUGCCUGAAGAGCAGACUGGUCUGGUGAGGGAGAACUAUGUAUGGAAUGUCCUACUGCAUCGAGGUGCAACCCCUGAGGGCAUAUUCUUGCUGGUUCCUGCUGGCACCUAUGAUCAUGACCUCUUCACCAUGACCUGGGGUCCUACCAUUGCUGCCCUCUCUUAUGUCUUUGACAAGAGCCUAGAAGAAACAAUCAUCCAGAAGGCCAUUUCGGGCUUCAGGAAAUGUGCCAUGAUCUCCGCCCACUAUGGCCUGAGUGACGUGUUUGACAAUCUCAUCAUCUCUCUCUGCAAAUUUACAGCCCUUAGUAGUGAGUCCAUUGAGAAUCUGCCCAGUGUGUUUGGGAGCAACCCCAAAGCUCACAUUGCAGCCAAGACUGUUUUCCAUCUGGCCCACCGCCAUGGCGACAUCCUUCGGGAGGGCUGGAAGAAUAUCAUGGAGGCCAUGCUGCAGCUGUUCCGAGCCCAGCUACUGCCCAAGGCCAUGAUAGAGGUGGAAGAUUUUGUGGAUCCCAAUGGAAAGAUCUCUCUGCAGCGGGAGGAAACACCAUCUAAUCGUGGAGAAUCAACUGUGUUAAGCUUUGUGAGCUGGUUGACACUAAGUGGUCCUGAACAAUCCAGCAUGCGAGGUCCAUCUACUGAGAACCAAGAAGCCAAGCGCAUGGCACUGGACUGUAUCAAGCAAUGUGACCCAGAGAAGAUGAUCACAGAAAGCAAAUUCCUCCAGCUGGAGUCCUUACAAGAGUUAAUGAAGGCUCUGAUAUCUGUGACACCAGAUGAAGAGACUUAUGAUGAGGAAGACGCUGCAUUCUGCCUAGAAAUGCUUCUGCGGAUUGUGCUGGAGAACAGGGACCGUGUGGGCUGUGUAUGGCAAACCGUGCGUGAUCAUCUGUACCACCUAUGUGUCCAGGCACUGGAUUUCUGCUUCCUGGUGGAACGGGCUGUGGUGGGCCUACUGCGCCUGGCCAUACGGUUGCUAAGGAGAGAGGAAAUCAGUGGCCAGGUGCUGCUGUCCCUUCGUAUCCUACUACUGAUGAAACCUAGCGUGCUGUCUCGUGUCAGCCACCAGGUUGCCUAUGGGCUCCAUGAACUACUCAAGACCAAUGCAGCAAACAUCCACUCUGGGGAUGACUGGGCCACCCUUUUUACCCUCCUGGAGUGCAUCGGCUCAGGGGUGAAGCCUCCCCCUUCUCUGCAGGCCACAGCCAGGGCAGAUACCACUGAUACUGGUGCUCAAUCAGACAGUGAACUCUCCUCCUACCACCCCAGUGACGUCAGCUUGGACCGAGGCUACACCUCGGACUCAGAGGUCUACACUGACCACGGUAGACCAGGCAAGAUGCACCGCUCAGCUACUGAUGCCGACGUGGUCAGCAGUGGUUGGCUCAUGGUUGGAAAGGAUGACAUAGAUAGCUCCAAGCCAGCCCCGGGACCAAACCGGCUUGGCCCUUCUCCUCUGGUGAAUCAGUACAGCCUUACUGUAGGGUUGGAUCUGGGUCCUCAUGACACAAAGUCCCUGCUCAAAUGUGUGGAAUCACUAUCUUUCAUCGUGCGUGAUGCUGCUCAUAUUACCCCAGACAAUUUUGAGCUCUGUGUCAAGACUAUCCGAAUUUUUGUGGAGGCCAGUCUGAAUGGUGGAUGCAAAUCUCAGGAAAAACGGAGCAAAUGCCACAAAUAUGACAGCAAAGGGAACCGCUUCAAGAAGAAGUCGAAGGAUGGCUCAGUGCUUCGUCGACCCCGGGCAUCCAGCCAGCAUACAACUCGUGGCGGACACAGUGAUGAUGAAGACGAUGAAGGAGUACCUGCUAGCUACCACACGGUGUCUUUACAGGUCAGUCAGGACCUACUGGACUUGAUGCACACCCUGCACACACGGGCAGCAACUAUUUACAGCUCAUGGGCUGAGGAGCAGCGUCACUUAGAGACAAGGGGCAAGAAGAUUGAAGCCGACUCCCGAACUCUUUGGGCUCAUUGCUGGUGUCCACUGCUUCAGGGUAUUGCCUGGCUGUGCUGUGAUGCCCGGCGUCAGGUCCGGAUGCAGGCACUCACUUAUCUGCAAAGGGCACUAUUGGUACAUGACUUGCAGAAGUUAGAUGCCCUGGAAUGGGAGUCCUGUUUUAAUAAGGUGCUGUUUCCUCUGCUGACCAAGCUUCUGGAGAACAUCAGUCCCGCAGAUUUGGUUGGCAUGGAAGAGACACGGAUGAGGGCUUCUACACUACUCUCCAAGGUAUUCCUGCAGCACUUGUCCCCACUGCUGUCACUUCCAACCUUCGCUGCACUCUGGCUGACCAUUCUGGAUUUCAUGGACAAGUAUAUGCAUGCGGGUUCCAGUGACUUACUGUUUGAGGCCAUCCCUGAGUCCUUGAAGAACAUGCUGCUAGUGAUGGAUACUGCAGAGAUCUUUCACAACGCAGACACAAGGGGAAGUGGCUCCUCUGCUCUCUGGGAGAUCACCUGGGAGCGUAUUGACUGUUUCCUUCCCCAUCUACGAGAUGAACUCUUCAAGCAGACAGUCAUCCCUGACCCCCUGCCACCUGUGCCUACUGAACCACAUUCCCAGAAGUCCUUGGCCUCUACCCAUUUGGCUCCCACUGCCGGUGACACAAGGAAUCCUGGUCACAUAUAUACACCAGAAAUGCCCUCAGAGCCGGGGGCCUAUGACCCCGAGAAGCCCGAGGUGUCUGGAGUAACCUCCAGUAGUUCUGGUUCUUCUACAGUUUUGACACCCAGCAAGUUGAGUCCCAGCACAGAGGGGCCUGCACCCUUGGCCCAGCCCCCACUGAUCCUGCAGCCCCUGGCCUCUCCACUGCAGGUGGGCGUGCCACCCAUGACAUUGCCUAUCAUUCUAAAUCCAGCCCUAAUUGAGGCUACUUCACCUGUGCCUCUGCUAACUGCCCCUCGCCCCACUGACUCUAUGCCCACUUCUGAAGUCAACUAAGACAGGUGUUUGAAGACUGGGCCUCUCCCUCCCACCACACCACUGAGGGCUUCUGGUUGCACACUAUGUUGAUGCCACCCCUGGGCCUGGCCCAGCCGCUGCUGCUGCUCUCAUCAGAGCCAAAUUGGGAGAUUGCCGAAGGGAAUGAGGGCAGUGCUCUCUAGAGAUGUCAUCCAGAGAGAAGGGACUAGACUUCUUCUGCUCAUCAUUUCUGGGAGGCCUUGCUGAGAGCUGAGAAAUCAGACUUAGGGCUCAGCUAGCUCUGGUCUCUUAGGAGUCCUGGGCUGACCUUGAGGGAAAGAUUUCUGGGCAUCAGUGCCAACCAGCCCUGCCCGUUUUGCUUCUUGGCAUUAGAAGGGCCCCUUCUUUGCCCUUAUCCUGCGGUCCUAGCUCUGAGAGCUAUACUCCAACCACAUUGCACUUUGCUUCCCUUUCCUCAGACCUCUCCUCCCCCUAUCAGCCCUGAGCUACCUCCUCCAGUUCUUCCUCCUUUAUCAAGAGAAUUGGCUUAAUUUGGGGAGUCGAUUAGGGCCAGGGGACAGAGGUAACAAGGGGAAUUGCCUACAGGAGCAUGUACAUAUGAAGAAGCUAACAAUUGACUUUUUACAAUGUAAUAAAUAUAAUAAAACCCACAUGCCAGCCUCCCUUUCCCUUCUACUUUACCUUUUCCCCUUCCCAACACUUCUUUUUCUGAGCUUGUGAUUUAAUAGAGAAGAGACUAGUCCUAAUACACAGGAUCCUUGGGAUGAAAUGGGGAAGAGGAAAUAAAAAGACUGCUUUCUGACCCCACACUUUGAAAGGAGUUGGAUUC